AUGCCGACCUUCGCAAUAUCCACAAACCUGAAACGGGACCAGAUCCCUAAAGAUUUCCUUCCAGCAGCUUCGAAAUUCAUCGCAUCUGCUCUAGGAAAGCCAGAAUCUUAUGUCCUGAUCCAAGUCAACCCCGACCAGCUGAUGAGUUUUGGCGGGACAGACGAGCCCUGUGCUGUCAUCUCCCUGGCCAGCAUUGGUGCGGUCGGCGGAGACAAAAACAGAAAGCUGGCUCCAAAACUCAGUGCCUUUAUUGAGCAGCAGCUGGGCAUUAAACAGGACAGGUUCUACAUCAAUAUUUAUGACAUUGAUGCAACAGCCUGCGUCUGGGAUGGCAGCACCUUCGGUUAA